AUGAACAACUAUAUAAUUCAAUCAAAACCAAUACAAAAUAAGAUAGUUAAUUAUUUAUUAGAUGAAAACAUUCAAACUGUAUUGUCUUUUUCUGAAUAUCUAAGUGAGAUCUUCAGUAGUUAUAGAAAAUCUUUUCGAUUAUACGAAAAACACAAAUAUCUAAAUAAUUUAAUCAUUGAUUAUUCAUUGGUUUGCAGAAACUGGUACAGUUAUAUCAGCAACAGUUUAAAUCGAUUCAAUUAUAGCCCUAUAUUGGGACCUAUUUCAGGUGUCCUUACGCCUCUCCGAAAUCAAUAUUCAUUGAUACAAUGCAGCAAUAUCACAACUCUAAGUUUAGUACAACGAAAUUCUUCAGAUUUAGAUCGUACCAUCAAGCUCAUAUCUCAAUUUCCAUCUUUACAAUUGUUGUGUUUGUACGUUGACAGUAUAGCUGUGGUAAUGGAGAUCAUCAAACACUUUCCCGAUCAAUUUAAAAUACAAAUUGCUCUCACUCUGUCCUCUCCAGACGAAUCUGAGGUAUACGAUAUUCCAGCGAUAAGAUCAAAGAUUGAUUUUAUACACUUUAAUGUUUACCAAUACGAAAUGGAAUAUGCAUCGCUCUGGCAACCUGACUCACUCUAUUUUCUGGCAAAUAGAUUCAGUUCGAUGGGAAAUAGCAUUGAUAUGAGCAAAUUCCUUAGUAUUCCAACACUUCAACAUAUCAAUGUCUGCGAGGUAGAUAUUAUUGAUCUACAAGAUCUCAAGAGUUUCGUAGAAAACAACAACACUCUCGUAUCUCUGAAAGCUGUUAUCAACAUCAAUUUGGUGGCAGUAAAGUACGAACACUUUUACAGUGGCGAACACUCUAGUUGCCGUUGUAAAUAUUGUCAAGUUUGGAACCAACUCAAUACACAUUCAAUCAUCAGUGCGAAUAGGGCAGAUCAUUGGAUUGACUUUUGCAAUGCACUACAAACCAAUAAAACAUUGAAAAGACUAUCGAUAAAGAAUUGUUGUCAAAUCUCUACAAUGUUAGCCAGCUCUGAUCUUGCCACCACAGUUUCCAAUCGAUUAUCUGAAGCACUCUCCUCUAACAAUACACUUAGAGAUCUAUCAAUAUCUUGUUUAAUGUUGAAUGAUUCAUUCUUUCGAAUGACAUUGUCACAUUCCAAUCGAUCAAUCAAACAUCUCAAACUUUUCGAUUUGGACAAGCAAUUCCUUAUUGAAAUGGGUGAAAUGCUCAAAGUAAAUCAAACGAUUACCUAUAUUGACGCUGCAUCAUUCUAUCUUCAAAAAUACAACUCGAAUGAACAGUUUGAAGCAAUCAACAAACUAAUGAUCGAUACAAACAACAACAAAAUAAUAAGAAUCAUAAAAAUAUCAUCACAUAUACAUGCAAUGCAAUCUGAUAUUCAACCGACUGAUAAUUUCAAGAUAGCUAUUGUUGAAAGCAAGAAAAAAGUAAACAAAUCCUUUGUUGCUAUCACCUCUAAACAAAAAACAACAGAUAGAGCUAGAGAGUUCAAAACAUAA